AUGGCUCGUGAAUCAUUGAAGAAAGGAAUCUCCAUGGAUGAUGGUCGACUUCGCUUGAGCCGUAGAAUCCGCUUUCUUCUUCUUGAGUGGCUUCGCCGUUCUCGCUCCGGCAGAAUAGAAUUUGUCAGACGAUUCGGAUACAAGGAAAUAACGAAAGCAACAGAAGGUUUCCGUAAAGUUAUUUACAGCAACCAUCACGGGUCUGCAUACAGAGCCAAAUUCAAAGGUGGCGAGGUAGCUUUGGUCAAAGAACUGAACUCUCUCGAUCUUGGACGAGAAAGGUUUUAUGAGGAAGUGCAACUCUUGGGACGUUUACGUCACCGUCAUCUCCUCACACUUUGCGGGUUUUGCACUGGACGCAAGAGGCUGCUAGUGUUUGACAACAUUGAAAACGGAAGCUUGAAAGAACACCUCAAUGAUCCGCUUAAGACUCCUUUGAACUGGAAGACUCGCAUCCAAAUAGCCAUUGGAGUCGCAGCUGCAUUAGAAUAUUUGCUAAUCUUCAGCAGUAGUGAUGCAAAAAUAUAUGAUGUUUCAGUGAACUCAUGUAACAUCAUGUUGGAUGAAAACUUCACCCCCAAAAUUUCAGAUAUCCGCGUCAACAGACACCCACGACGCCAUCCCAAAGUAAUCAACGAUUCUUGCUCGAAUGGAUCAUGUGCGGAUGAGGAAUGUGGAAACGUGAUAUUCCAACUAGGAGUGUUGAUGUUGGAGCUGAUCACAGGACAAUCAUCGGACAGACAAGGCGAAGACUUGAUCGAGUGGGUACAACACUCAUGCAUUGCAAACUCCAUUGAUAAGAUGAUAGAUCCAGAUUUAGGUAACGACUAUAACUCUAGAGAACUCCAGAAAGUUCUAGCCGUGGCUCGACUCUGCAUAAAAUCGAGGUACGAGCACCCUUCGUUCUCAAUCACACAUGUAUACCGGUAUCUACAGAAGAAGAUUGAUGUUGCAACAUAA